CUAACCCCUUACGAAGGUAGCCUAAGACGUGAUACGGUGCGUCCCGGUGGCUGUCACGUAACACGCUGUUCUCUGUUCAGCCUUGGCCGUGCACUGGCAUCUGUUGUUCUGCUUCAAAUCUAAGUUGUGGCUUGUUAUUACUCUCCUGCAGUCUUCUACUACUCCGUCUGAAGUGUUCUUCGAGUUUCAACCCAGCACUGGCAGUUGACGAAAAAGCGAUUCUGGCAUCAUGACUUUGGCGCAUCUGCUGCAUCCGGUGUGGAUCCCAAACUGAAGUUGCAGCAUCGAACCAUCAUCAAUUCCCAGCCACGAUCGUCAUACAUCAUGAUCCCGACCUGACAUGUGCUUUUGAUUUAUGAUUAUCGUGAUUGAUUUUCUCCUACGUUCUGUGGCUGCAUCUCAGCUCCAUCAGGUACUCUACAUGAUCAACGACAGAUUGUACACCUUGCCGUACAGCACUCCCGAUUUAUAUAAUUACACUCUAUCAAAGACUAUCAAAAGACCUUUCUGUUUGAGCAGGCGCUUCGUCGAUUUCCAGGCCGGCCGUAACUAGUCGUGACGCAUGGCUGAUUUAUCACCCCCAAGAACGCAAAGCGCUCAAUCGCCAAUUCAGGUCUAGGACGACGCAACACGCUUACAUUCAUUUUACACACUGGCAUACCUUGUUACCCCGUAUACCAGCCCGAGUGGGUUUGAGGUCCGGAUCCGAUCUUGCCAGUCCGAUCACAGAAACAGGCAAAUCUAUCAAAAAGUACAUUUGCCCUCAAUUAAUCUGGAUGCCUUCAUAAAACCUUCCAGAAAUAAUAAGGCCAUCCACCAUACAGGAUUUCCUAUCAUCUUGAUCCCAAGCGACCGACGGCUUUGGACCUACAAUAUACCGACAAAUACGCACACCUAAGACUAGUCCAACUCUGACCCAAACCUAACGAUGCCAUCAGCCACAUUCAACCCAGGCCAAAAGGACCACCAUCCAAAAUCUCAAUCAAAAUCUCAAUCAAAAUCUCAACCCCUUACAACAAACACCCUCUCCGACAGCCUCCCCCCUGCCCCCUACCCACCACAUACCUCCAGCUCAACCCGCCAAGCCCAACUCACAGCCCUCCAACAACACGUCCUCUUCUGGGACCGCGACAACGACGGCAUCAUCUACCCCUGGGACGUAUACAACGGAUUCCGAGCACUGGGAUUCAACAUCCUCUUCUCCCUCGGUAGUCUCCUCAUCCCGAUCUUCUUCUCCUACCCAACCACACUGGGCCACAGCUGGUUUCCGGACCCCCUUUUUCGUAUUUUCGUGGGCAGUCUACACAAGGCCAAACACGGGUCCGACAGCAACAUUUUUGACGUCGACGGCCAUUUCCAUAUAGACAGAUUCGACGCCAUGUUCGACCGCUGGGACGAGGACCGCGUCGGCGGACUGACUGCGGACCAGAUGUGGAAUAUGUGGAAGAAGAAUCGGUGUGCCGCCGACCCGGCGGGCUGGUGUUUCGGGUUCAUGGAGUGGUGGACGACUUGGUUGUUGAUGCAGCGAGAUGGUCGGGUUUGGAAGGAUGAUUUGAGAGCCUGUUAUGAUGGGACUUUGUUUUGGAAUAUUAGUGAUAAAAUUCAACGGUCCAAAAACAACAACAACGACGACGAAAAGUGUGACGGUUCAUCUUGUGGUUGGGACCAGGGCUAUGGUGUUGGGGAUUUCUUCGAGGGCUUGUGGAAGGGCAGGACUUGGAGGACUUGGGAGCUGAGGAAACAACAGAAGCGGCUUUAGAUUAAGGCCAGAAAAACUUGGUCUUGCAACAAUGAAACGAUUUAUGCUGAUAUGAUACAUUGCCUUUGCAAUCGCAUUACAUCGUUCAACUGUUUCAUCUAAGGGUUCCACGGACUGUACGUCCAACUAUCGAGACGGAAUCGGCCCUGUGAACACAAACCGUCAGUUACUGACACAGAUAUAGACGAAUGGAAUUAUACCUUACCGGACCAUGA